GUAAGAAAGAAGAAAUUAUCUUUGUGAUCAAAAGUACGCAAAAUCGGAGAAAUGGUGAAUACAGAGGCAGCGACGGUGACCAACAAGCAGAUCAUAUUCCGAGACUAUGUGAGUGGAUUCCCAAGAGAAUCUGAUCUUAACAUAACCACAACUACCAUCGAUCUAAGGCUUCCCGAGGGAUCCACGUCAGUGCUGGUGAAGAAUCUUUACUUGUCUUGCGAUCCUUACAUGCGCAUUUGCAUGGGAAAACCUGAUCCCUUGUCUUCUUCCCUCGUUCCACCGUACAAGACUGGCGUGCCAAUCAUUGGGCUUGGAGUGUCUAAAGUGAUAGAUUCAGGGCAUCCAGAUUACAAAAAGGGAGACUUACUUUGGGGACUAGUUGGAUGGGAGGAGUAUAGUGUUAUUACUUUAACUCAUUACUCACAUUUCAAAAUCCAACACACCGAUGUUCCAUUAUCUUACUACACUGGACUUCUUGGUAUGCCUGGUAUGACCGCUUAUGCUGGAUUUUACGAAAUUUGUUCACCUAAAAAAGGAGAGACUGUCUUCGUGUCAGCUGCAUCUGGCGCUGUUGGUCAGCUCGUGGGACAAUUUGCAAAGUUGAUGGGUUGUUAUGUCGUUGGUAGUGCCGGCAGUAAAGAAAAGGUUGAUCUUCUCAAGACAAAGUUCGGGUUUGAUGAUGCGUUCAAUUACAAGGAAGAGAAGGACUUUAGUGCUGCCCUAAGGAGGUAUUUUCCGGAAGGGAUCGACAUAUAUUUUGAGAACGUUGGAGGCAAAAUGUUAGAUGCCGUACUCAUAAACAUGAGGUUGCAUGGUCGUGUCGCAGUAUGUGGAAUGAUCUCACAGUAUAAUUUAGAGGAUCCAGAAGGUGUACACAACCUACCGACCAUCCUUUACAAGAGGAUACAACUUCAAGGGUUUGGGGUUUGUGAUUUCUACGACAAAUAUUCAAAGUUUUUGGAUUUUGUGCUUCCUUACAUUAGAGAAGGGAAGAUAACAUACGUUGAGGACAUAGCGGAAGGAUUCGAGAGUGGGCCUUCAGCUCUGCUAGGUCUCUUUGAAGGUAAAAACGUCGGGAAACAACUCUUUGUGGUUGCUCUUUCAAUGGCGAGUCCAAGAGUCGUAUCUGAAGAUAGAAAGUCUGACGACCUAGAAAUCGUCUCCGUCGGAGCUCUCUAUACCGGCUCAUGGGACAAGAAGUACUGGAGUUCAUCUAGGGGCAAAGAUCGUUUCCCUUAUCCUGUAGGCUACAAAGCUGUUCGAGCUCACAAUGGAAACACAUAUUACAUGGAGAUUGAAGAAGGUGCCAAAGGACCUUUAUUUCUGAUUAGAUAUUUGGAUGAAUCCUGGACGGGGCAGACCCCGGAUAUUGCAUGGGGAAAGUUCCAGAAGACGGGCUUCUCCCACUUAAAAAUAUGGCAUGGAAAACGAUUUACAUGUAAGAUGGGCGGCAUGGAGUUUUUUGGCUUCAAAAACCCGUUGGUUCAGAGGUUGCUCCGGGAACUUGUGACCAAUUCCCAUGGAAUAGUAGAAUCUAGCCCCAGCAGUAGGGCCUCUCAAAUCCGGGUCAAUGAUGAAAGGCCAGUCAUGUGUGCAAAUCCAAAUUUAUUAUGUUAUCUGGACAUGCCAGUGGCUAGAAAGAAGAGAAGUAGAAAAUCUGGAAUAACAUACCAGAAUUCAGUAGUGAAAAGUGGCCAUAAAAAGCCAAGAUUCCAAGACUCAUUAUCUGGUGGCGAGAUUUUAAAUUCAGCACCAGUGUCAACUAGUUCAGUAAAUGGAGAAGUGGAGCCAGUUGGCCAGCAAGUUGCACUACCAGAGCAGUUGCAUUCUAGUCAUGCUACGAACGAAUAUUCAUCUCAACCAUCAGAAAAGCCACCACAAGUGAAAGUUGUCAUCCCUAUUCAAGAAACAAACCGACUUCCUGACAGCUGUAAAUCAAAGCCAUUAUCCAAAUUUUCUGAAGAGCUUCAUGGGUUGCAAGAAAAGGAAAACAAACCCAACGAUGAUGAUUUUCUUAAUGAGAGCCCAAAUAUGACUGGUUCCAGUUUUUGUGCACCUGAUACCUUGGAUUUCCUGCAAGAUAACACCAUAAGUUCUGCUCCAAAAAUAGAUGAUGAUACAAGUUGCAUGAAAAAGGAAGAAUUGAUACUUGCUAACAUGGUAGUUGGUGAAGGGAUUUUAGCUGAACCAAAUGCAGAGGAUUUUGCUGACUCUACUUUGAAUCUGACUUCUAAAAAUAGUGAUUCUGAUUCAGUUGAUCAGGAAACUACCAAAUCAAUGAUGUCAUUACUACUUCCUCAAGCAAUUCCACUGCUCAAGAAGGCCUCAAGCAAGAAGCCCCCAAGAAAUGAUAUGUCAGACAACUGCAAAACAAGCCAACUUAAUGAUGCGUCAGGAAAUGCUGUCUCACUGGCGAUAAGAGAAUCUAGUGGAGAUGAUGAGAAUAUGCAAGUUGUUGCUCCAGAUUCCGAUCAGGAUUUUGCAAGUAAUGUAUCCAUUGCCCCUGACAGUUUUGAUGAGUCUCACUUGGUUGGUCCUGGGAGUGGUCAUAUCAUCUCUUCUUCCAAGGAAGUCUAUCCAGCAGUCCUUCCUAAAAUGCCCAUAGCCGAGGAACAUGUUGCAAUGGUAAAUGAUCUAUCAGUUUCUGCUUUGGAGACUAUUGAGAUCAUAAACCCAUCUUCACAUGAUGCUAGUACUAUUAUGGAAGAGAAUAAUCAAGAAGAAUAUGUGAAGAAGUCCAUGUCAAUACCACACUGCACCAGUUCAGCUAACAUGAUUUUAUCCCAAGAAUCUAAGGAACUCUGUGCAGCAGAAGGAAACUUGUUGCAAAAAAAACACCACUCUGAAAACAAGGAACCAAAGAGCACAUUUUGUUCUACUGAAGGUAAUGGUUUUCUGGUCAACACAACCCCUACUGAAGCUUGUUCAAUUAAAAAGGAAAAACAUAAGGUGUAUAGCAGAAAAAGAGUCUCGACCAAUCAACAUCGAAGAAACAGAAAUUCAUCCUCUGAAAGUAAAAACAGUUGCAGAAAUACUGGAGAAGAUGAUCCCAUAAGGAAUAUGUCUCCUAUUAAUUCCCCACGUAUCUUGGAGCUUCAGCCGACCUUGUCUACCAACUCUGUAUCAGAUAGAACGAAUCCUCUGGGCGAUGGAAGCAGUCAUGUAACAGAACAAUACCAGGGUCCUGAGUUGGUGAACGUGAAUAACAACACAUUCACCAAUGUAAAAAGCAAUGAGGCAUGUGUGGUACCACAAGAUAUGAGGUCAGCUCAUGCUUUUGGAAAUGCAAGUAUAUCAUCAUCCUCAUUUCCAGCUUCAAAAUUUGAGGAUUGUCAAGCCAAUAUUGGUGAGGCAUUGGGCAUCCAAGUCUCUGAACCACCUUCUACACAGUCUCCGUAUAAGGAAAAUACUAGCGAGAAAAGCACGUCUGUGCAGGAAUUUCCAGCUAGUUCAAAUUUAAAGCUCAACAGAGAUGUAAAGAUCAACAAUGAGAUGGAAAAAACUGUUGAGCUGCUUGGCUGCUACUUUCAUCCCAUGCCUGUUUCGUCAGUAUUACUCAAGUCUGUUGGGAAUGAAAUCUAUAUUUGCGUGUUGAGCUUUGCUACAGAAGAUAGAGUUAGAACCCUAUUUAUGUACAAGAUGUCAGCUAAAACACCAAGCAAAGGAUUUCCCUCUGUCAUUGGUCACACUCCUGCCAUACUCCCCAUUGUGGAUGACAAAUCUGGUGGAAAUAGAACACUCGAGAUAUCUAAUUUGCACUUCACUCCAGACGGGUUGCAUCUUAUUUUAACUGGCAACAUCAAAACACCUUAUUGCAGGAAGAGGGAAACUGAUUGCUCGUGUUUGACUUGUACAUCGGCCUGUUUUGAGGAGAAUGCAGUGAGGAUUGUCCAGGUGAAAACUGGUCAUGUUUCUCUUGUGACAAAACUUCAAGCAGAUGACAGUGUGCAGUGCGUGGUGGUGUGCGAUCCUAACAAUCUCAUUGCAGCUGUUAAAAGUGGAAACCUUAUUGUCUGGGCCAUGAACUCGCAUUGGAGUGGUCUUACCGAAGAAUUUGUUAUACUCGCAAAUCCUUGCAUAUCAUCAUGCAUCAUGGAACUGAAGAAGAUCCCAAAAUGUCCUCAUCUCGUUAUCGGGCAUAAUGGUAUUGGAGAAUUUACAAUAUGGGAUAUCUCAAAGCGAAGCCUAGUAUCAAGAUUUUUAUCUCCCAGCAGUUUGAUCUUUGAGUUCAUUCCAACCAGCUUGUUUGCAUGGCACCCUGUACAUAGUCAUUCUACAAUCGAGGAUCACGUUGACAUGAUUUUAGCUGCAACAAAACUAUGGUUCUCAAAAGGGACGAACAACAAAACAUUGGUUCCAGCUGAAGUCAAAGACACUGCUAUUUGGCUUUUAGUCUCUACUGAUCUUGAAUCAGAUGCUAAAUGUGACCGUGUAGAAAGUCCAGCUAGAUGUUGGAGACUGGCUCUCCUUGUGAAAAACCAACUCAUAUUGGGAAAUCAGUUGGAUCCGAGGGUUGAUGUUGCGGGUACAAUAUCUGGUCAUGGAGUAGCAGGCACACUUGAUGGACUUGUAUAUAUGUGGGACUUGUCCACUGGCGCUAAACUCGGCUCUCUCCAUGAUUUCAAAGUCUUCACUUCUCAUCUUUGCGUGGUCGACCAAACCAAAACCUCCCAAAAAAGAGAAGAAUUAAAAGACCAUUCGCUCGCUACUCUGUUACAGAAGAAGAUGCCGACUCUCACAAAGCUUUAUUCAAUGGAAGAAGUCGCAACUCACAACAAGCAAGAUGACUGCUGGGUCGUCAUCGACGGCAAGGUCUAUGACGUAACCUCGUAUAUGGAUGAGCAUCCUGGAGGAGAUGAUGUGCUUCUUGCUGUCACCGGCAAAGAUGCAACGGAUGAUUUUGAAGACGCAGGGCAUAGUAAAGAUGCUAGGGAACUCAUGGAGAAGUAUUUUAUUGGCGAGCUAGACGAAUCUUCUUUACCGGAAAUACCUGAGCUUAAGAUCUACAAGAAGGAGCAGCCAACAGACUCUGUUCAGAAGCUUGUUGACUUGACAAAGCAGUAUUGGGUUGUUCCUGUUUCCAUCAUCACCAUCUCUGUAGCGGUUAGUGUCUUGUUCUCUCGCAAGAGAUAAUAAGUAGUAGUCUCUCUCUUUCUUGCCUUGAGAUGCUCUGAAAUAUUGAAUUACUGGGGAAUCAACUUCACACCCCCAUUAUAGAUUUUUGAAUAACAGAUAUGAUAGAGAUCAUUGUUAUUUUUCAAUUUCAUCAGAUUUUGAGUUGAGAUCAUGUUUCAAUACAAACAUUAAUGAUAU